GGCCAACUGAUAUUAUCAGAGGUUUUAAAUCAAGAGACCAUCAUAAUUCCUCAGCAUUUGCCAUCAACAUUAUUAUAUACACAUACACUCAUAUGGCUGGAGAUAAGAAACCCGCAUCUUGGGACGAAACCCAGCGGUGGGCAUUGGUUCACUGUGCUCUCAAUCAGCUUCAGGUCGGAGAGCGUCUUGAAGGCUCGUUCAAGUCGUCAGAAUGGGACCGCAUAGCUCAAGACUUUGCUGCCAUUACUCACAAGUCCUAUAUUAAGCAGCAGUUGCAAACCCAACUGGCUAUUCUCAAGCGAGCCUAUAGAGUUGUUCAUGCUUUGCGCACAGAGCCUCGCUUUUUAUGGGUCGAUGGUCUUCCCACUGCCUCGGAGGACACUAUUCAACAGUAUUUGGCUGAGCAUCCCGAAGCGACUCCGUAUAUAACCAUGCGAUUUCCCCUCUACGACGAUCUACAUCAAUUGUUGCAUAAAAAACUUCCUCCGCAGGACUUACUGGGUGUAGAUAUGGAUAAUCAGCGAUUGGUCGUUGCUGCGGCUGCGGCGGCUGCUGCUGCUGCCGAUAUGCAAUUACCUGGCAGUAUUUUCAGAUCUGAAAAAGGCAAAAUCAAUGGGUCUAAUUCUGGUACUAUUGGUAGAACUAACGGUGGAUUAUUGGAAAUGCCUACAGGCUUGGUCAAACUAGACACUUCUACUAAUACUACACAUAGCAACAACUCGGAAGAUGAUGACGACGAAGUAGAUCUGAGCGACUACAUCAAUGGAUCUCCAACCUCUGCACACAAGACACGUAGUUUAACUGCUGCUGCUGCUGCCGCUGCAAUGGCAUCAUCUGCAGCGCUUUCUUCUGCUGGGAAGCGUCAUGCCGCACCUUCUCUUUCCAGAUCUUCAUCAAUUCGCAACCCAUCUAAACGGUCAAAAGCUGCUGUGGCAAUACCUACAUCUAUAACGCCGCCUCCACCUGCUUCGACAGCAGCAGCAGCAUCGCUUCUCAUGGAUUCAUGGGCAGCCAUAGCAGGUCAGCAAGCACUGCCCAAUUUUUCUAGAGAUCACUUUGCAUUGGACUCUACUCAGUUGGCCAUCAAAGCCUUUGUCGAUGCAUAUGGACCAGAAUACUCUGUCGAGCAGAGGCUGGACUAUGCUACACAUCUUCGCGAUGAUGCUGCAGAUGCUAAAAUGUUUCUCGUAAUGGAUGACGAUUGCCGCAAGUUGAUGCUUACUCGUUUUUUUCAGCAGACUUGAAUUUCUACUAAAUAUACUGCAAUGCUCU